AUGGGCCGCGUGCUGGCGACCCUCAAGGCGGUGGCGACGCGCGCCGUGUUCGGCGGCCACGGGCUGCUCGCCAUCUGGCAGGUGACCGUCUUCAAGCGCGACCCCCGCUUCUGGUACCUCUGCGCGCCCAUCAUCAUGCUUGCCUUCGAAGGCGUCUUCACACUCACCAUCAAAGAGUCGCAGGAGUGGAAGUGGUUCUGCCCGUCGGUGUUCCUCUACCUGGCGGGCACCGUGCCCUCCAUCUGGUUGCUCGAGCUACACAGGAUGGCCCGAAGGCAACAGGCACCGGCACUCAACAUCAGCGCUAUCGCCGUCGGGGAUCUGGACAAACUUUUUGGGGUGAAGCUGACACUGCCCGAGGUGGACGCGGAUCUGUGGGUGACGCUGAUCGAGCAGUGCCUGAUGCUGGCGCUCAUCCUGGGCCGCUGGAUGCUGCCCAAGGGUGACCUGACGAGGGACCAGCUCUCUCAGCUGCUGCUUGUCUACAUCGGCACCGCCGCCGACAUCAUAGAGUUCUUCGACUCCUUCAAGGACGAGGCGAUCAGCCGCGACCCGGUGCUGGUGCUGCUGACGCUGGCCAUCUGGUCGUGGAGCCUGCUGCAGUUCACCGUGGUGCUCACCGCCACCAAGUCGCGCAAGUCCAGGCUCGCCACCACCGUCACCGCCGCCCCAGCCUCUCCGGAUCUCAGGGGCGGCUGCUGCUCGGUGGACGUGUGGGGCAUCGCGCUCAACAUGCUGCUUCAGGACGCGCCGUUCCUCGUCUUCCGGCUGCUGCUCAUCCUGCACUACCGCAUCAUCUCCUACAUGAACGUCUUCUUCACCUGCAAGAACACGCUCGUCAUCCUCCUGCAGCUCUACCGCCUUUACGUUGUACGCGCCGAAGCGGCCGCCGCUGGCAAGGUCGAUUCAGGACAAAGCAAGAAGAGAGGGAAAAGCAAAACGAAGUCCAGGAGCACCAUGACUGAGAGGCGGCACCGGCUGGCGCUGUGCGCGCUCGCGCUGCUCUACGCCGCCGUGCUGGCCGUCUGCAUGGCGCUCGUGCACGCUGCCGUGUCUCCGCAAGGGCUGUUGCUGCUCUCCUACACCAGGCUCAGGCCGGCAGCCUGA